GCAUCUAGAGGCUACAUGACCUCAGCACAGCUUCUUACCAAACACAGCGGACACAAUAGCCUCUACAGUGCAGACACUCAGUGCAGAACUAUGGAGGAAGGACCUUACAAGUACAUCAGGGAUGGGAACGGCAAGGUUAGUCGUGUCAUCCGGAUUGGAACCCGCAAGAGCGAGUUGGCCCGCAUCCAGACCAACAGUGUGGCAGACAAGUUGAAAGAGCUGUACCCGGAGAUCCACUUGGAAAUAGUUGGCAUGUCGACGACUGGAGACAAAAUCCUCGACACAGCUUUAUCAAAGAUUGGAGAGAAGAGUUUGUUCACCAAAGAGUUGGAGAAUGCUCUGGAGAGGAAUGAGGUCGACCUCGUUGUUCACUCACUGAAAGACCUGCCCACUACUCUGCCGCCGGGAUUCACCAUCGGAGCUGUGCUGAAGAGAGAAAACCCCCAUGAUGCUGUGGUCCUCCACCCAAAACAUGUGGGGAAAACUCUUCAGACUCUGCCAGACAACAGUGUGAUUGGCACCAGUUCUCUGCGCCGUGCUGCUCAGCUGAAGAAGAGAUUCCCCCACCUGCUUUUCAAAGAUAUUCGUGGGAACCUGAACACACGUUUGAAGAAGCUGGAUGAGAAGGAGGACUUUGCUGCCAUCAUCCUGGCUGCUGCUGGCCUCAAGAGAAUGGGCUGGGACAACCGAAUCAGCCAGAUCCUGGAGCCUGAAGUCUCCAUGUAUGCUGCUGGACAGGGGGCUCUAGCAGUGGAGGUUCGGGCCAGAGAUGCAGACAUCCUGGAGAUGGUGUCUGUCCUGCAUGACCAUGACACUGUGCUGCGCUGCAUAGCUGAGAGAGCCUUCCUGAAGCACCUGGAGGGUGGCUGUAGUGUUCCAGUGGCUGUACAUACUGAAGUGAAGGACUCCCAGCUGUACCUGACGGGUGCUGUGUACAGCCUGGAUGGAUCAGACAGUCUGAAGGAAACCAUGCAGACGAGCAUUGCUGCUACUGACAAGAACCUGGAGGAAGUGGACGAGCGUGUCCAACGAGUGGGUGUCACAGCCAGCAAGAUCUCGGGUGAAGCCCAGGACUGUGCCGAGCGGCUGGGGGUCGACCUGGCCAACCUACUGCUGAGCAAAGGAGCCAAGGAGAUCCUGACGGUGGCCAGGCAGCUCAACGAUGCCAGAUAAUCCAGCCCGACUGAGGGGCAGGGCUCCAGAGGUGACCAGGUCCUUGAGUGCAGGAGUCAGUCACAGCCUUGUGUCAAGUAAAAACUUGAAUUCCUUUUUUGUAUUCCGCAUUUCAUGUUGCUUGAGAAAAAGAAUGGCGAGUUUCUGUUCUGCCUGGUGAACUCAGUCAAUGGCAGACAUACUGUUGAGGAUUUCAAAUGUUACUUGGACCAAAGUUGUGCUCAGAGUGAUAAAAUGCUGCUAAACUGAUCAGCUUGAUCAGCUUGUUCAGGGUCACUGCAGUACUCUUGGUCUUGGUUCCAGCCUGUUCUUACAUACCUCGUGGAACCAUCUCCUGAGCCAUGUUGAAACCACCUCACUGGGAACUUCACUGAUAAACACAAAAUGGUCUUCAAACAAUGUCACAGCACUUACAGUACCAUCACUGGCACUGUAUCCUCGUGGUUAAACUCUUCAAACUUUUUUUUUGUUUGUUUUUUUAAAGCAUGCUAGUCUCAGCAUAUUAUAAAAGCCCAUUUUCAGCCAAUGCGAUGUAAGACAUUUAAUGAAACACCUCUGACUGACUUAGUAUCUCAAAAAAAAUAAUUAGAAAGUAGCAAUGAUAAUGAAACAAUGAAAAUUAUUUUAUUGUGACAUACCUAGUCGUUCAGAGAGUUUACUCUUAGUUCCUCUCUCAGCUGCAUUCUCAUUUCUCAUUCAAAAGCAAAAGUACCAAAGAUGAAUUUCCAAGCUUGUGAAGGCAUUUACUGGUUUGCAGCAGGCAACACCGCAGUGAAACUGGGCUAAUUUAAGUAUGAAAGUUGAAAAAUGGAUAUAUAAAUGUAAAUUUAGUCCUUCAUUCAUGAGCUCUGAGCUCUAUGAGGAGUCUGUGACUUUCUUUCUCAAACUCCUUCAUGUUUACUAGUACCUGAUCAGCCCUUAUGGGACUAAUUAGUGUCAUCGUGGAGUGUUUUAUCACAUUUUCCUCCUGAAAUAUAAAACACUAUUUCUGCAUAACCUUCAUUCAGCUCAUGAAUGUAACAUCUUCAGCUGAGAUGGUUUACUGCUUUUAAGAUGAGCUCUUUUACAAUGAGAGAAGUCAUACUUAAGAUAACUGAUGAUAAGCUGGUUGGAGUGUUUUGUUUUACACUAUGCAUGGCAGAGCUAGUGAUGCUACCUGUGUACAGCUCUGUACUGAACCCCUACAGAGUACUGUUCCACUGCAUGACAGGAGAAUACCUGUUUAGCUUUGGAACAAUCCCUGCAUCUCUGCAGUUUUCUGCUGUGAUUUUAAAUGUGCACCGGGCCGAUGAAUAGCAGUUUGUCCUCCUUCUUGAACGCAUUGUCACUACAGAUACAGUACAGUUAAGUAGUAGUUAUCAGCAUAUGAGUUUUAAAUACAGUGAAAAUGCUGCAGCUGUGGAUGUAUUGUAAUAUAUACAGACUCCACACAGCAGCCACCCUGCUCUCUGGCUUUCAUGAACUGGCUAUAGGGUGGCUUCCUGUUGUGUUAGAGAUGUCAAGUUAGACCUGUUUAACUGAAAAUAUCACAGAUUAUAUCAGUGAACCAUAACAGUGUUUAACAUCUGUAUUGCCACACUCAUUGCACUGGCUCAAAAUUGAUUAUUGGUCACUAUAGUCUCAUGCAGAUAGUACUUGUUGUGGUGUAGCUCUACUUAAGCACCUUUCCAUUCAACAAACAAAACAAGAAUAAAUCUCAUAAUUAUGACUUGAGUAUCAUAAUUGUAACAUAGUUUUCUUGUAAUUGCAAGAUAUAGAUUUUGUCAACAUGAAGUAGCAUACCCAUAAUUAUGACCUCCGUAAAAUUGUAAAUUUGACUUACUGUCAUAAUUGCGACAUUUCUAAUUCACAAUCUGAAUGGAUCGCUUACUUAUAGUUUUCCUGUAGUUACUGAGUAGGAUUUUUGUAAUUUUGAGAUAUGAAUGUUGUAAUUAUGAGAUCCUUAGUCAUAACUCUGAGAUAUAGAAGUCAUAAAAUUUAGUAUAUAUUCUGGUGAAUGGAGUGCACACCAUAGUUAAUCCACAGCUACUCAGAAUUUUAGCAGGGUACAAAAUUUCUGUUUGCUGUAAUGUUGCCAUGCACUCCACAUAUCAAAACUUCACUGUUUCCAAAAGCAAUAGAUUUUCAAACUUAAUGACCUUAAUGACUUGCCUAAUAAAAUAAACAUGUCUUCAAUGCCAUUGUUUGUCUUUCAGUAGUUUGAAAGUACCUUCUCAGUCAGUGUAUCAUUUCUGCCUAAGUAAACUGCACAUGCCUUACAUAGAAGAGUGCCUGUUUUUUCUUUGAUAAAUCACAGUAGAUCUUCAUUGUGUAUCAGCACACACACUGUACAGUUAGUGUGAUACCAUAUUGAAUAUCCUUUAUUGUAUAUUAUACUUAAUUUAAACCUCCUGAGACAGUGUGAGGUAACAUUAGCCAUAUUUGUUAUCAGCUUUAAUUUCUGUACGAAUUAAUGUAGUGUUUCUGUUUAGGUUCUUUAUCACAAUAUUCAUUGUUACAUCAGUCGGUUAAUGAUGAAAUAUUGACACAGAAUCUUCAAGUGUCUUUUCUUUUACCACUUAUGUCAACAUCAUGUCAAAUUAAAACACUGAUGUCAAGAAAUAAA